AACCUCACGUUAUCAUGAACUGUCGUCAAGUGUCGUGAGUCCAACUUUUUAGUUGUCAAAAUCAUAGAUAAACACUUGAAAAUUAUCGAACGUGGGUGAUUGACGUUCACGAGACUCAGUGCCACUGUCGAGUAAUCAAAGUGAAAAUGACUGAAGUGUACAAUUUGGGUCUUGAUGCAGUCACCUGUCAUGUUUGGAAUGAGGGUCACACAGAAAUUGCUGUGUGCCCCAAUAACAACGAAGUUCACGUUUACAAGCAAGAAGGAUCCAACUGGAAACUGUCAGAGGUGCUCCAGAAACAUGACCAACGAAUCAUGGGUAUUGACUGGGCACCAAAGACUAAUCGCAUAGUGACCUGUGCUGCUGACAAAAAUGCCUAUGUUUGGACUCAGAAUGAGGAAGGCAAGUGGACUCCAUCCUGGGUUUUGUUAAGAACAAAUAGGGCAGCUACCUGUGUCAAAUGGUCACCUAAUGAAGACAAGCUAGCAGUUGGUUCUGGUGACAGGGUCAUUUCUGUGUGUUACUUUGCCUCAGAAAACAAUUGGUGGGUAUCUAAGCACAUAAAAAAACCUCUGCGCUCUACUGUGACUGCCAUUGAUUGGCAUCCAGACAAUAAAAUUCUAGCUGCUGGUUCAACAGAUUAUAAAGUGAGAGUUUUUAGUGCGCACAUUAGAGACAUUGAUCAUAGCAACAGUGAUAGUUCUUGGGGUAACAGUUCUACCCUUGGUACUCUGUUUGUUGAUUUUUGUAAUUCUCUGAAUGGUGGUGGAUGGGUGCACGAUGUUGCCUUUAGUCCUUGUGGCACAAAAGUUUGUUGGGUUGGACAUAGUUCAUCAAUAUGCAUUGCUGAUUCCUUGAAAGGAAAUCUUGUUAGUCGUGUCCUCACGGAAUACUUGCCAUUCCUAAGAUGCAUUUGGCUAGAUAACAGUCUCAUUAUUGCCACUGGCCAUGAUUGCAUGCCAAUGGUUUACAAAGUUGAUGAUUUAGGCAAACUAAAUUUUGUUUCAAAACUAGACAAUACUCAGAAAAAAGAAGCAGCUGGUUUGACUGCAAUGAGAAAGUUUCAGUCUCUGGAUAGACAGGCCAGGACAGAAAUCAAUGAUAGCGCUCUGGAUAGUAUACAUCAAAAUACAAUAACUUGCAUUAGGAAGAGAUCGAAAACUAAAUUCAGCACAAGCAGCUUAGAUGGACUUCUAGUUGUAUGGGAUAUCAAGACUCCUGAAUUGAUGAUGAAUUCCAUGAGGAUUAACUAAUUAACUUUCCAUUUUCUUUUU